AUGGAGGCCGUCGUAUUCGAUGACUCUCCGCUCGCCGAGUAUCUCGAAGGUGAGGGCGGCGACUAUCCCCAUGGCCUUUCCAGUCUCGAGCCUGAGCCUUCGUCAACCUCGUCGAGCCCAUCAUUUGCCCCGCGAGGCAGACCAACCGUUCGAUCGAAAUAUCGCCACAGAUUACCUCCCCCUAUACGGUUAGCAAUUCCGCAGAACAAUGCAGUCGCUGCGAUACAUGACACCUGUUCUAGGGCCGUUACUUCGCGACUGGGCAGCGCCGACAAUGCGAGAUUCCUAGAACGAUUUCGAUAUAUCAUAGUAGCCUCACAGCUUCUCAACACCCACUCAUAUCUUGGUCAGGGUCAUGGACAGUCACGAGACCCAUUGGUCAUACCGCCCAAUGCUCCGCAGGCUGGCGUGUUUACUCUGGCAGGAGUUGGGGUAACUGCUUGCUUUGCGUUCGCUCUGGCCUGGUUAAUUCACUGGACGAUGGACGCUGGAAAGUCCGUAUUUGGAAAGGGCCAUGUGGCUGCCUUUUUCCUCUUGUUGGUAUUAUGCUCAGUGAUAUCAUAUUCGUACAUGCGUCGGCAGUGGCUACAAUACCUGCGGCAGCAAUCUCUUGCAGAAGCAUCGGGGUUCGUCACUACCGCUCAGAAUCUUGAUAAUGCUGCGGCGGGGGCUUUGACAUUAGUCCAAGAGGUUGAACUGGUGUCUCGUGGCUACAGAAUAAGCAGUCCUCUUCCUCCUAUAAGCCGAAUAGAAGAUCAAAGUCAGACUAGGAGAUGUACACGACUAAGGAAGUGCCUCAGAAUAUGUUUUGCGGGCAUAAUUCCGCAAUACAGUCAAGCUUGUGCCGUUCUCAAACCCUUGACAGAACAACUGGAUCUCGAGAAGUAUUACGAUAUAUACGACAUAAGUGACGUCGACUUCUCAGAAGCAAUGCUGGGUUAUUCGGAAACCGAAUUUGAAGAUUUCGAGUCGUUACGAGUCUUGAAAAUUCUAGCUGCCAGAUUUCACAUCAUCAGAAAGGUGUUGCUUUGCUGUCUCCUAGCUCUGGAUGCGGACGGCGGGAAAUCCGAUUUCCCUCGCUGGAGUACUGCCGUGGAGGAGAUCCAUAAAGUCAGGGAAGUCACUAGUGAAGCAGAGGACAGACUAAGUCGGGUUCUAGGUGAAGAGGAGAAUUUUCCAGUACCGGCUACCCCGAAGCUACCUCUUACCCCAAGUCGUGAGCGAUGGCGAUCCCAAUUACGAAAAUUAAACUCCCUCUCAGCAGGUAUCCGAGGGCUCCAAGCAAAAUUGCAUGUUUUGCGGGAGGAAUCUGACAAGAACUUGAACGCUACGGAUGACGUGUCAGAGCUCGGAACGAGCCUCAUGAUCCAAUAUGAAUCCAUAGGGAUUGACCUCAAAGCUCUGAUGCAAGAAUGGGAGGAUGGAAAAGCGGCUCUCGCUUCGAACAUAGAUCGGAAUGAACGCCGUGUAUCUUCCAUGAGCGUAAUGUCACCAGCAAGUUCCUUGGGCGGCGCUACGGCAGUGGAAGAAGGGAGUGCGGCAGAUGCUCUAAAAAUCCUAAAUGGUGAGGUGACAUGCCGUUCGAGUAUGGACUUCAGCAGCUCCGAUGUGGAAGAAGUCUUUGAAGCCAUUGCUAUUCCAAAACAAAGAUCCAAAUUGACCCGGGAAGAACGAAUUCUGAAGAUGAGGGAAGAACGGGAGAAGAGGGAGGCUAUAAGGGAGAGAACGGAAUCUAAUACACAUAUGAUAAGAGAGCUGGAGUCGGUAAUAAAAAUGAGACCAAGGGGAAGGACUACUACUGGGGGAAGAAUCACAUCUAUAUAA